UUCAUGGAGAGAUUAUUGAAAACCCUUUAUGAACCAUGGGUUUCCAUACACUGUACAACUACAUCUGUGUGUUUGGUCUCAGUGUGCAGGUCGCCUGGGCUUUAGACGAGGUGACGCUCCUGAAUCCUCCAGAGGAGCCUCUACCGGAUCAUCUUUUGGAAAUACUCUACUCUUGUGAUGAAGCCGCCACGGUCCGGCUGGACUGUGUUGUAUCUUUUGAAACUGGCAGCACUUCAACACUCCUGCUGAGACAGUGGAGCUGCGCCCCCGGUCCCACUAAAGUAAAGACCGUGGAGCUGAACUUGCCAGAUUGGUUGGUGUAUCGAGCUGAUGGGAUUGUUCCAGACUCGCAGUGGUUGCUGAGUUGCAUCCUUGUAGCGUCAGUCAGAUACAGUGGAUUUGAUGACACCGAGGGGUCUGUGGCAGCUCAAGAUGUGGCAACUUUGCAGCCUAAACCUUUUUUUAGUCGGCCUGUAAAACGGCAUCAACUUUGCAUUUCCUGGAGUACAAAAAUGCUGCAAUUAUCUCGACUGUUUUCAAAGAACCAGUGUCCUUUGGAGCAAGAAACGGUGCAGCUCCUGUCUUCCCUGUAUGGCUCCACUGGAGAAGGCUUUGGUAUCACAAAGACACUGCACCCUUAUGGCGCUGAGUUUCUAGAGUAUUUGCGCAUUAAAUCCAUCACCUCUCCAUGGUGUAUGUUCUCCAUGUGGAUAUUUGUCACCAGACACUGCCAGGAUAACCUGUGUGGUUUGCUCUACCAUAUAGACUCCCAGAAUAACUAUGUCACACCAACACUGUUCCUCAAAAGAUCAGGCCAGCUACACAUCCAGAUAGAUGGAGAGUCUGAGGGAUCCUCUGCAUUUAUUCCUGCGUUCAAGGUGCCUUUGAGUGAGUGGUGCCGAAUCAGUGUGAUGUUGCGCGAUACAAUGGUGACUGUCUCCAUGGUGUGUGUGAAUAAGGAGCAGAGAACGGUUCAUUCAACAGUCCAGGUGUUGGACCAUAUUGUCGUGCUGGAUGACACAGAGGGAUAUUUUGUGAUUGGUGGAGGGAAAUACAUAAGAGGUGUGGAAGGUUAUUUUGGGCCACUGGUUUACUACCGCAACCGAAUACCACCUCACAGCACGGAUGAAGUUGUUAUUCCAGAUGUUAUCAGGACUGUAAACCUGACAGGCUGGCUGCACACCUGUCAAGAAUUUCGUCUCGAGAUGAACGUUAAAAUCCGUGGCUUUUCUCUCAAGGCCCAACAGGGGACAGAGUCUGGUAAGACAUGUGUUGAUGCUUUCCAUGAGUGGACGGUAAAGGACAGACAGCCAUCAAAGUCCCAGUGUGAGCUGUGGGAGACGACUCUCCCUCAUAGAAGACAAGCUGCAAAACUGGCCAAGUUUUUGGUUUUCAAACACGGAGCAAGACGUGCUAGCUUGCCAGCUGUGGGCAGAGCCCUGUACUCCUUAUCACUUCGUAAGCUGAGCAGAGCGAGCAACACUGGAGUGCUCAGCAGAAUAUUGCCACUGCUGCUCCAAGCCGGCUGCUUAGCUGAUCACCGAGCUCUGCACAUGUCCUCAGUGUUCUACAGCGCUGGCCUGGGAAUCGAGGAACAGCCCAAUAAGGCCUGGCUCCUAGCCCUGCUGGCAGCCCAGAAGGAUGAGCGAUUAGCACUCCUGCGUCUCGGGCACCUGCACCACCAGGGUCUCCAUGGCCUCCCCACAGACCCGGACCUGGCCUAUGCCUAUUAUUCAAACAUAGCAAAACAGACAACUCUAGACCGUCAGAGUCCCACACCCCAGCAGAAAUAUGUUGAGGCUAUUUAUCUAAACAAUAAUGAGGUGUUGAAUCUCCAGACCAGCGAAGACCAUCAGCUCUUCCAAUGGCUGAAACUGCAGGCACGCAGGGGAGCAGUUGAAGCAGAGCAAACGGUUGCCCGCAUGCUGUUCUGGGGUCAGCAGGGAGUGUCUCCAGACAUCAAGAAGGCUGUGAGACACUACGAAAGGGGAGCGGUCCAGUGGAAGGACCCAGUGCUAAUGUAUGACUAUGGCAUAGUCCUACUCCAGGGGCAUGGGGUUGAACAGGACAUUCCAAAAGCUCUCACUUUUCUGAAGAAAGCAAUGGACCAGGACUUUGUUCCUGCAAUCAACGCCCUGGCCUGGUACCAUGAGCACUUUGAGCAAGACUACGGGCAGGCGGUGCAGCUGUGGGAGCAGGCGGAUCUCCUGGAGUCAUCAGAUGCUGCUUUGAAUCUCGGCGUGAUGUACUCACAGGGCUUGUAUCCAGGAAAAGCUGCUGACCAGUGUAUGGCCUUCCGGUACUAUCGGAAGUCUGCAGAGAGAGGCCACAUCAGGGGAGCGAUUCAACUCGCCAGCAUCUGGACCACUGGGAUACCUGGAUGCGUCUACAGGCGUCCAUCAGAUGCACUUUUGUGGGUAAAGUGGGCAGCUGAGCACAACGGAUACCUGGGCAGCAUCUUGUGGAAGGCUUUGGAUUCAUAUCUCAAGAGUGACAUGUUCAGCUCACUGUUAUAUUACAUGAUGGCUGCUGAGUCCGGGUACUCACCUGCCCAAUUCAAUGUGGCAUAUCUAUGCGAACAAAGUAUGUUAGCUUCUCUGGGUCCUUCUUUUGCAUCAAACUGUAUGUUGAGAUAUUACAACCGCACACUCCAAAGUCAAAAUCCUGACACUUAUGCCUUGAUUAGGAUGGGCGACCUGUUGUAUGAGGGGCAACGUGACGGGCAGAAAGACUUGUUUUCUGCAGCAGCGAUGUACACUCUGGCAGCAGGGAGGAACGAGCCACAGGGAUGGUACAACCUUGGCCUCCUUGCUGAGGAGGGUUACAGGCUGCCGCUCUCAGUAUUGAUUGACCUUGGUCUUUCAGAGCUGUUCCUGGCAGACAACAGUUUGCUCCUGAGCACUUUGUACAAAAGAUGCAGAGACUCAGAGGAUACAGAUUCCUACUUGCCUUGCAGCCUCGCCCUCUUCAAUGUGCAUCUUCGAUCAUUCCAAAGGGACUAUUGUGCUGCUAUGAAGUUCUCCAGUGCUGUCGCCGUGAUCGCAGCUCCAACGAUCUUCCUAAUCAUCCUUGGUGUGUUCAGGAGACACAUGCGCUCUCCCAACUAGAAGAUUCAGGGACAACACAACGUCAACCUGUACAGCAACAACAUUUACACAUGUUGUGUUUGUUUACAUAUGUUAGUUAUGUGACCACUGUAAAGAAUAAAUGUCAAUGCUAUUAAGUCUGGAACAUGUGGGGGUUGUAAGUUUCAUACCGUUUAACGCACAUAUAGAUUUUUUGUGAAAGGAAUGCUAUUUCGAACAAUAAAGAGACUGAAUAAGUAACACCAGAUAGUUUUUUAAAGAUACUUCUGGUGGGCCAAAGUUAUUUUUGGACGUCUUUUUGUCUCCCAGUGUGAUGAAUCCUUUACUCCGUUGCGUUCUUUGAGUGGAUGACUUACAUAACUCUAUUCCAUGAUGCCCAGUCGGAGCCUCAGGUCCACCAUCACCGCUUAAUACUUCAAAAUGCUCCAGGCUCUUCUAAUGUGAUACAUACACCUAACAUGUUCAUGCAGUUUUUCUGUUUUCAAUCACUUUAGUCAGAACAGGAAUCAUGUUUUAAUACACUGGAAUGUACGUGCGGGCCUGAUUCCACUGCAUGUGUGUGUCUAGGACUUACCUGAGGAAAGCUAUUCACUGACAUCAGGGUCUUCAAAGCUGACUUCAUCUCUGCCUCUAAAGGGGAGACGUCCAUGCAGCAUCACAAACAGCACUACACCAAGCUGCCACACUAGUUUGUUCAGCACUGUAGCAUCCAUGCAGGAACCACUCGGGGGAGGUGUAGGCAACGGUUCCUACAAUACACACAGUCACAGAGACACACAGGUAAUGGUAAGGGACAGAGGUAGAGGACAUAAACCACAAAGUUGCUGGGUUGUUUCAGAGAACAGGUACUCAAUGAGAAUGUUGUCCAGCUUGAUGUCCCUGUGGAAGACCCCUCUGGAGUGGACUUCAAUAAGAGCAUCCACCAGCUGUUUUGCUAUGGUCUGUGGGAGACAGAAAGAGACAUGGAAACUGUGAGAUAUUGUGUGGACACGUAAACAGAGACAGGUACAAACAAAACAUGUCAGCUUCUUACUUUAGCUUCGUGCUCAGGCAGGGAAUAAUCUCUUGAGUUGAUGAAGUCGACUAGGUCCAUGCAGGGGACCGGUAUCUCUAGGUCAAGAAUAAGCUCAAGGUCUAUAUCGUACCAGUCCAACAGGGUCACCACUGUACUGGUUCCUUCUGCUGCUAGUUGGAGUUUCAUCAUCAGCGCCACCUCCAAAGGGACCGUCCUCAUUUCCCCUUCCAGCACCAUGAAGAAAUAGAGAAAGCAAAUCAUGAAACCAUUAUGUACACUUAUACACAAAAGUUAACAGUAUUGUGGGGCGACUGUGGGUCAGUAGUUAGCAGGUCCGUCUUUCAU